GCGGAACCGGACGCACUGUCGUGUGUGUUAUUGCACCGAAUUGUCGGGGUUGUUGUUUUAGUUGCAUGUGUUUAUCGGUUCAUUACUGCGCGUGCGCGUUGCGUUGCACACAGCUGUUUAUUUAAACCCGGCCGCAGGAGCGCGCGCACGCCGUCGUGUUGUUUUAUUGUCGUAAAAAGGCGGAGAGAGAGAGAGAGAGAGAGAGAUGAAGUGCGCGCAGCUUUCCGGCUGAGCUGACUGUAACGGUAAGCUAGCUCGUUAGCUGUGCGGCUAGGCUAGCCAUCCAUCCGCCCGCGCGCGCGCGCGCACCAGGAAGCCCGGAAUCUCACCCGCGCGGGUUCAUGUUUCGUCACGAAGUCGGCGUUCUGUCGUUCCUUCCGUCCUGUUCCUAUCUGUUCCAGUACGACAAGAGGAACAUGUCCCGGUACAACAUCUACAGCCUGCUGGACUGGAUGUACGGCGGCGUGGACCCGCGGUUCGAGGGGAACGGAGGGCCCGAGUGCGCCGCCUUCCUGCCGCCGCAGCAGCGCGCGUGCGAGAGCCUGGUGUUCGUGCUGCUGUCCGUGGCGGAAGUGCUGGUGUCCGCGCGCUACAUCGACGUGUCCCGCGCGCACCGGGAGGCCGUGAGAGAGCGGGACGCGCGCCGGCAGCAGGAGGACAGCCUGGGCAAGAACCUGCUGCUCGCCGCCCUCUGCGUCACCUUCGGGGUGGAGGUGGGCUUCAAGUUCGCCACCAAAACCGUCAUCUACCUGCUCAACCCCUGUCACGUGGUCACCAUGAUACAGAUCUUCCUGCUGGCGUGUCCGCCCUGUAAGACAGCCAUGGUCGUUUUUAGGCUUCAGGUCCACAUGCUGAACGGUGCCCUGUUAGCGCUGCUCUUCCCCAUCGUCAACACGAGAUUACUUCCCUUCGAGAAGGAGAUCUACUACAUCCAGCACUCCAUGCUCUACCUGGUGCCCAUCUACCUGUUCAGGAAAGGAGGUGUUUACAAACCAGAGCCUUUAGGUGAUAUGUGGUGGGCGUUGUUAUCCACAGGCAUCCUCUUCCUCUACCAUUUUGUGUUCCUACAGGGCCUGGGAAUGGUGACUGAGGUGAAUCUGAACAACAUGCUGUGUCCGGCCGUGUCCGAUCCGUUUUACGGGCCGUGGUACCGCGUGUGGGCCGCCGCCCACCAAACAGCGCUGACGCUGUUACACGGCAAAGCUCUCACCGUCAUCUGCCAGCAGGCCUCGCCCGCUCUCUGUCACCUGCUCCACUCGGCCCGCCUACGCUCCAAGAAAGUCGACUGAAACUCCGAACACAAAGUGACGACGCGUUCUGCACAAAUUCAAACUCCUCGAGUACCUUGUUUUAUUUAAUUUAAUUUUUCUCCUCACUGGUGAUUGAUAAAAGGCCAAAACAGGCUUGUGUGAUAAACGGAUUUCAUCUUCUCGACACGAUAUUACACUGCCAUGAGAGCCAGUAAUGUUUACUGUUAGUAUAUUAUAUUUUAUUGUAUUAGAUUUCCAGACCUGACAAUCUUUCCACAGUUUAUGGUGAAGCUUCGUGGUUUAACGUCAGAUGACACACUCGGACGAGUUCUCACUCAGUCAUCCAGAAAUUCAGUGUUUUCUUUCCUGAUAAAAUGGGAAAUGAUCCAGUCAUCGUUUUCAUCCGGAAUGAUUGACAGUUGCGCAAGUGUUUCGAGCUCUCCGAUAUUAACUGAUACUGCCUGGAAGCUCCACCCCCUUCCCUCCUUCUCACAUGCUCUCAUGUCGCUCUCGCUUUGAAUGUUACACACGUAUUAAUGUUAACAUCAGUUACUGAGUUUAUUUGCGAUGUUACUGAAAACAGUGCGACUAAAAAUUCAGUCUUUUGGUUUUGGAAGAGAAGAAUUCCAAAAAUUAUGACUAAAGAGAUUAAAUGUUCCGACAACAAAGUGUUAAAUUGAACACUUAUUUUUAAAUAAAGUUAAUUGUGAAGCUAAAUAGAAAGUGAUUAAAUGCAUUACUUUUCUCUUUCUGCUCCAGUCGGAGACUCUGAGCAGCAGAUCAACACAAAAUUAUUACACACUGAUUUAUUUAUAAAAGCAUUAUAUUCAAAAUGGACUGCUGGUUUCUUUAAACGCUCCAGCUGUGUCUGUGUGAUUGUCUCUGCCUGUCAGCAGUUCCUGACCCCACAGCUGUGAUCCUGUCGCGCCUCCUCCGCUCUCCUGAUGGAAAUGAUCAAUCACCUUUUAUUACGGUGAUCAGUUCUGGAUGAUUAAAUCGUUUAUUGUGAUAUUUUUAAAAAUCAGCAUCACACAAGCCUGGGUCUGAGUGUUGCUUGGUGUCUUGUAUGUGUACAGUGGGGAGACGCUGUACAGCGGUGUUUGUUUUAUAGAAAACCAUCGAGCAGGAUUUUACUGAAGUCGUCCUGCGUGUUUGAGAGUCUCCUCAUUUACACCAGACUUUUAUCUUCAGUUGCCUUUUUUUCUUUUUUAAGAUUUCUUGUACAGUCAUGUGACGCCACCACUCCAUGUUUUAUACACACACCCCAAAGCCCAUGCUCGCUCUUACACACCCAUCUCAACCCUCACUGGUGUUCAGUGUGCAGCGAUGUUGAACGUGUCGUAAACAGCAUCCGUGUGUCGAUGUUGUGUUCGUAUCGAUGUGUGAUGCUUUAACACUUCCUGCUCUUCACCUCACUGUGAGUUUCGUGCAUCACUGAUCCACCUCCAGAAGGACAGACGAUGAAACCUUCACUUCCUCCCAGUCUGCAGGCUGAGCGAGUGCAAGAGCCGACUUUACUGGAUUGUUUUAAAAACGUUUAAGCCUCAUUUUUCCUGAUUGUUGGUGGGUUUUCAGCCUCAACUUUCACACCAUCUCUUUCUUUUGCUUGCUUUCUUUUUUUUCCAUAAAACUUCCACGUACUGCUCAUUAUUUUUUCCUUUUUUAAAAGUGUUAAUGUCAUACCUGUACAAAGGAGGAGGAUAAAUUGGUUUAGAUUAUUUCUAGGUUUUGUUUUGUUUUGUUGAGGCUUUUCUGAGAAUCUGAACAUUUUGUCUUCAGAAGAGUCUCUGUCAGGAAAAUGAGGGAUUUACAGAUGUUAUUCACCUGAAAAUGAAUCGUUCUGGUUUCAGUGUACAGACCUCCAUCCUCCUGUCUCACUCAUUCCCCAGAAACAGGUCUGAUCUCAGCAGCUGGAUCUCAGCAGGGUUUUGUUGGAAUCCAGAUGUUGUUUCCUCCAAGGACUGGAAGCAUAUGGAUGUGAGAUGAUGAUGAACUGAAAGGGAUUUUGUAGUUUUUUUUUUUGUACAUAUUUUUGGUGAAGUAUGUACUGUAUUGUGGUAAAGAAAAAUAAAAGCUCUUCCUCAA